AUGAAAAAGAAUUAUUUAUGUUUAAUUAUUUAAUAUAAAAAAUAUCAAAUUUUUACUAUAAUUAGCUAACUUUCAAAAAAUAUAUUUUAACUAAAAGAUGGUCAAACUGAAUUAUCACUGAUUGCACAGAAGAAAACGGCGCGAUGUCAUUGAAAACAGAAGAAAAAAUAUUACGCGUAAAUAAUCAAUUGUGUUAUUUUUCAACAAAUGGUAAAUAUUUAGCAAUUGCAUUUCAAGUAAAUUUAAUUCUAAAGGAUGUAAAAACAUGGAAUACUGUGCAAUCAUUCAUUUUCUCUGAUAUAAUCGAGUACAUAGAAUGGGCUCCGAACAACGAAUAUAUUUUAUGUGCUAAUAUAACAAAAGCUGUUGUGCAAGUAUAUUCGUUAAAUUAUCCUCAAUGGAAAUAUAAAUUAAUAGAAGGCAGUGCUGGUUUAGCAAGCAUUACUUGGUCAUCAAAUAAUAAGCAUCUUCUUACUUUAUCAGAACUCAAUAUUCAGGUAUCUAUAUGGUCACUAGAAGAUAAUAGUGUAUUACAUAUACCAAAUUUGAAAUCAUCAGCAUUUAAUAAAUUAAUGUUUAGCCCAAAUGGUGAUCGAUUAGCUGUGAUAAUAACAGACAAUGGUAAUGAAACAGUAGACAUUUAUAAAACUUUUAAUUGGAAAAUAAGCAGGAAACUUAUAUGUGAACGUUUGAAUAGUAUCAGUGGCAUAUGUUGGUCUCCAGACAAUGAUUUAUUGUGUAUAUGGUGUUCAUUAAGCAAUGAAUCAAAAUUAAUUAUAUAUUCUACUCUUAAGGAAAAAAAUAUUGGUGUGUUUUCUCCAUUAAAGAACAAAAAUAUUUCUGAUGUAGUAUAUGACAAAGUAAGAGAAUUAAAAGGAAUUGAAAAUGUAAAAUGGAGUGCCAGUGGUCAAUUAUUAGCAGUCAUUGGAUUUAAUGAAGUGAUUGUAGUUCUUAAUCAUGUAACAUGGGAUCCAAUCCUACAAUUAUAUUUGGAACCUGUUAUUUCUGAAAAUAACUACUUAAACAAAGUUUAUAAAGAAUGUGUCAUUCAAUCAAAAAAUUCUGUUAAACCUUCUAUCUUAAACAGCAAACAUACAUUGGAAGAAGAAAGUGACCGACCAUUGAAUAUUAAAAUUGGAAAAAUUGAUAAUAGUAAUAAAUUUUCAAUUGCCAAAGUCGAUAUCAUAGAAUACAGUUCAUGUGGUAGAUAUUUAGCUAUAAAACAUCAAUUAUAUCCCAGUACAUUAUGGAUAUGGGAUUUAGUUGCUGAUUAUAUCGAUUAUUUAUUACUUCAAAAUACUAUUACAGCCAUAAAAUGGAAUCCAACACAUGUUCAUUUAUUGGUUUUUUGUGAAUGUGCAUAUAUAUUUGAAUGGACACCGGAUAAAGCAAUAUGUAUACCCACACCAAACAGUAUAACAGCCUUAAAUGCUCAUUGGCAUUCUAAUGGAAAAACAUUUAUACUAUAUGGUUAUAAUAAAGUUGCUAUUUGUCAAAUGGAAAAUAAAUUUUAAUAAUAUACAUGUA